UUUCACCCCAGAUGUGGACAGCCCUUUCUCUUCCCCUGCUAUUCGACGUCUGGUUGGCCAACAGGAUCCCCAGUCUCCCUGCUUUGGUACAGUACAAAGCCCCCAUAUCAUGAGGAGAGGGCCCAAACUGUGGAGUGCCUCCACAGAGUCACAAUCCAGUGGCAGUCCUCCUGCCUCCCCUGCCACUGUUCCUAGUCCUCCUGCAGCCAGUCAGAAACCCAGCUUCCUUGCCCAGUGGCUACAGAACAGGAGAGAGCAGGAACCCAAAACAGACAAGCUUUUGAGUGUCCAGUUCAGUUGCUGGGGAAAAAGGCAGUUCACGUUUCAGUGUGAUACCAUUACAUGGCCUAGAGACACCUGUUAA